AUCUCGCUCAUUACAUUGAAAAAAACAACAGCUUGCAUUUAAUGUCUGUUUCUGUGUGCACAGGGUCCUCCAUUUCCUUGUUCCGUAAUUCCCACUUGUGAAAGAAGAAGUAAUCAUCACAUUGAAUUUGACUGAAUGACUAGGAAAGAGCCAUUAACUUUCUGCAUAAAAUGAUACUUCAUGCAAGGCUUGUUUUCCUGGUAGGAAGUAUGUUUGGAAGGACUAGGAGAAACAUGCAGCAACAUAACAUGAUGCUUUCAUUGGAGAAUUUUUAUUCUCAAGGUCUCUCAUGGUAUAUGUCAGCGUGACACCAGAGGAGGAUCUCAAUCUUAUUUAAGGAGCUUGGUGGCACCAUAUAAGACUAUGGGAUGCACACGCAAGAAAAGGGAAUAAAUUCCUCCUUGUUUGUUACUCCUGCUUUUGAUCAGCUUUGACAUGUUCUGAUGAGUUUACAACUUUUAAAAAUCACAGAAUUACAGAAACACCAAGGUUGGAAAAGACCUACAAGAAGGUCCCUGUGGAAGUAGAAUAUGUCAUCUCUGACAAAUACUGCAGAAAGUAAAGGAGUGGCUGCUGGUAAGAAAGAAGUAACAUCUUCACAGGAAACAGCAAUCAAGUAGGCUGAUGAGGGAGACAUCAAAACUCAGAAAAUGCCAGAAAGCUCCCAAAGUACAUACAUCAGAGCAUGGCAAGACUGAGAAGAGCUGAUGCUGGAAAUGGGAGGAGAGAAGGAACACUUAGGAAAAGCAAGAAACUAGAGACUGAGUAAGGGAGACCUUCCAUGUAGUUUUCUUACUAAGCCCUGCACUGAAAAUAAUGAAGGAGUUAAUCAUAACGCUGAAGCAGAUGCUUAGCUCAGCAAAGUUCCAGGAGGACCAGCCAAGAACCUGGUUUAUUGGUAAUCUGUAUUUAUGCAUUAAUGUGCAGGCAUUAUAUUUUAUUUGUGUAUGAUUCCACAGGGUAUUUUAAGUAGUGUAAUUAGUUUGCUGUUGAAUAGACAAAUGUGUUAUUCUUUUACAUAUGGAUAGAUGGUAGGACUAGAAAGAUCUCCUAUGCUCUGUAAUUUCAUUGAAUAAUUUAAUUAUCUCACUCCAUAGCUCUAGAGUUGGAACUGGAGGUUUUUUCUAGCAUGACAGCUGUAGCCUAUUGACUUAACCUUCUGGAAGAACUCUUUAGGCUGGUCUGACAGAAAGAUCCUAUAUGAAUGGUACGUUUAGCAAUAUUUGACAUUCUUCAUUUUAAGGGUAUUAGAUCCAUUUUUGAUUCCAGUAUUUUGUUGCUAUUGCUGUUGUUUUCCUGACAACAAUGCUAUUUGAAAGCUUACUGUUCCAUAGGUGUUAUUUAAAUAAAGCAUAGUAGGAAUGUGGAAUGAUCCUUAGGACUUUCAGUUGGGUUCUCCCUCAGCUCUCUUCAGAAUCAGCUUGUCUGUGAAAUACUUUGUAGGGCUUUGCUGCAGUCACUCAGGAGGGACCAGAAAGAUAAAUAGUCUCAGAGAAGAGCUGUGGCAUAUUUUACAAAGUUUUAUAAAGUGAAAUGAAGCUGCGACCCACAGGAACAAUUGCUGUUUGAUGGUUUGGGUUUUUUUGCAAGCUUGAGUGUAUUUACGAAGAGGAAAUCUGUAGAAGAGUAUCCAUUACUAAAUGCAAUUAGUGGGGGAAAAACAACAGCAACUUGCUGUGAUUCUUGUAAAGAGCUUUGCCAAACUCCUGGGAAUAGAAGCUACUGAUGCUUCUGGUUCCAGAACUGUUCUUAAUGGUUUUAUUACUCUAUUCCCUCUUCUACUGAACUUUUCUUGAUUCUAAAAAAAAAAAAAAUCAUCUGAACAUAGGAUGAUUUUGCAAAGAAAGGAAGUGGAGAAGCAAACUCUGAAGUCUUUGCAGCCCAGGCACUUAGGAGGAGGAAUCUCUGGCACCAAAUUCCUGUAGAACAGAGGGAGUUUACUGAGACUGGACUAUUUUGCAGAAGACAGGAUUUUUUUUGCAAUAUUUGUAAGUUCUGUGCAUGUAUUUGAGUAGUAUGCUUGCUAGUUAUUUGUAAGCACGCUUUAUUAUUUAUCUUAAGUUGUGAUUCAGUUAGAAAUUCUAAAAAAGUGUUUCCUUAUUUAUCAGAUCAAGCUUUGAUGUACAUAGGCUUCAAGAGUUCGGUGGGUUACGUGUUUUUCCAGAUGUAUAUUUCUUUCAAGAAUAUUUCUAUACAAUUUGAAUGUUAUUUUUUUUAGUGCAAAUUCAAACUUAAAAGGAAAUACAGCUUUGUCUGCAUUAUGAAAGAUACUGACAGUGGGCAUUAGAAAUAGAAGCACAUGAAGUAACUGAGACAGGUUUCAGUAAAUUGCCAGGAAAACAAGGUUAAGGCUGUUCUGCUUAUUCUAAUAUUAUAUAUAUUCUGUGGAAAAUACAUGAUUCCAUUUUGCAUAGCCAUCUCCCUGAUGUUUUUUGGCUUGAUCCACUUUGAUUUAAGUGAGACUGAAAUUAAAAAUCAUACAUGUCUGUAUUCCUACUCUAUCAUUUUCCAUUUUUUAUAAAAGUACGUUUGUAACUUUUUACCUGCUGUGCUUGUUCUUCUGCAAUUCUGGUAUCAUGUUCCAAGGGAGAACAUUUUUCUAUAGAUAACUUCUUACUUACAGAACAGUUAAUAAAAUAUGGUUAUUCUUUCAGGGUGAUUGGACACAGGGACACAGGAAACUUGAAAGGCUGCAUGUUCAUCAUGUCUUCCAUUCUUGAGAAGAUGAAGAAAUUUGGCAGUUCUGACAUAGAGGAAUCUGAAGUGACAGAUGAACACACGGAUGGGGAAGACUCUGCACUGGAAACAUCUGACAACCUCCAGGGUGCAUUCAGCAGCAAGGUGCAGCCAUCCAGAAGCAACAUCUUUGCAAGGCGUGGACGGUUUGUGAUGGGGGAUAGUGACAAAGACAUGGCUCCAAUGGACUCCUUUUACCAGAUGGAUCACCUGAUGGCACCUUCUGUCAUCAAAUUUCAUGCCAAUAUGGAGAGGGGGAAACUUCACAAGCUCCUGUCGACAGAUUCCAUCACAGGCUGCUCUGAAAAAGCUUUCAAAUUUUAUGACCGCAGAAGGAUCUUUGAUGCUGUAGCCCAAGGCAACACAAAGGACCUGGAUGAUCUGCUGCUCUAUCUUAAUAGGACCUUGAAGCAUCUCACAGAUGAUGAAUUCAAAGAACCAGAAACUGGGAAAACCUGCUUACUGAAAGCCAUGCUGAAUCUACAUGAUGGGAAAAAUGAUACCAUUCCCUUGCUGCUGGAUAUUGCAAAGAAAACUGGAACUCUGAAAGAGUUUGUAAAUGCAGAAUAUACUGACAACUACUACAAGGGCCAGACUGCACUCCACAUUGCCAUUGAGAGAAGGAACAUGUACCUGGUUAAACUCUUGGUCCAGAAUGGAGCAGAUGUUCAUGCAAGAGCAUGUGGGGAGUUCUUCAGGAAAAUCAAAGGGAAACCUGGUUUUUAUUUUGGAGAGCUGCCCCUGUCCCUGGCUGCCUGCACCAAUCAGCUCUGCAUUGUGAAAUUCCUCCUUGAGAACCCCUACCAGGCUGCUGAUAUUGCUGCUGAGGACUCCAUGGGCAAUAUGGUCCUGCAUACUCUGGUGGAGAUUGCAGAUAAUACUAAGGAUAAUACCAAGUUUGUUACCAAGAUGUACAAUAACAUAUUGAUCCUUGGUGCCAAAAUAAAUCCUAUCCUGAAGUUGGAAGAACUCACCAACAAAAAAGGGCUGACUCCAUUAACGUUGGCAGCCAAAACAGGGAAGAUAGGGAUUUUUGCUUACAUCCUCAGACGAGAGAUCAAAGAUCCUGAGUGCAGACACUUGUCUAGGAAGUUCACUGAAUGGGCUUAUGGACCAGUCCACUCAUCUCUUUAUGACCUGUCCUGCAUAGACACAUGUGAGAAAAAUUCAGUGCUUGAAAUUAUUGCCUACAGUAGUGAAACACCGAAUCGUCACGAGAUGCUGCUGGUGGAACCCCUUAACAGGCUGCUGCAAGACAAGUGGGACCGGUUUGUCAAGCACUUAUUUUACUUCAACUUCUUUGUAUAUGCAAUUCAUAUCAGCAUCCUCACCACAGCUGCCUACUACAGACCUGUGCAGAAGGGGGAAAAUCCUCCCUUCACUUUUGGUCACAGCACUGGGGAAUAUUUUCGAGUGACUGGAGAGAUACUGAGUGUAUUGGGAGGACUGUAUUUUUUUUUCAGAGGGAUACAGUAUUUUGUGCAGAGGCGGCCAUCAUUGAAGACACUGAUAGUUGACAGUUACAGUGAAGUUCUUUUCUUUGUUCACUCUUUGCUCCUCCUGAGCUCUGUGGUGCUGUACUUCUGUGGCCAGGAACUGUAUGUGGCUUCCAUGGUCUUCUCCUUGGCUCUGGGCUGGGCUAACAUGCUAUACUACACCCGUGGCUUCCAGCAGAUGGGCAUUUACUCUGUCAUGAUUGCGAAGAUGAUCCUAAGAGACUUAUGUCGCUUCAUGUUUGUCUAUCUAGUAUUCCUCUUGGGAUUUUCCACAGCUGUGGUGACUUUAAUUGAAGAUGACAAUGAGGGGCAGGACACAAAUAGCUCUGAAUAUGCUCGAUGCAGCCAUACAAAACGAGGCCGCACAUCCUAUAACAGUCUGUAUUAUACCUGCUUGGAACUUUUCAAGUUCACUAUUGGGAUGGGAGACCUGGAGUUUACAGAGAACUACAGGUUCAAGUCUGUGUUUGUCAUCCUUCUGGUUCUCUAUGUCAUCCUUACAUACAUCCUCCUGCUCAAUAUGCUUAUUGCACUGAUGGGAGAAACUGUGAGCAAAAUUGCACAGGAGAGCAAGAGCAUCUGGAAACUCCAGAGAGCCAUCACAAUUUUGGAUAUUGAAAACAGCUACUUGAACUGUUUGAGACGCUCGUUCCGAUCUGGAAAGCAAGUCUUGGUGGGGAUCACACCUGAUGGCCAAGAUGAUUACAGAUGGUGCUUUAGAGUUGAUGAAGUGAACUGGUCCACGUGGAAUACUAAUUUGGGCAUAAUCAACGAAGAUCCUGGGUGCUCUGGGGACCUCAAACGAAAUCCCAGUUACUCUAUUAAGCCUGGUAGAGUUUCAGGGAAAAACUGGAAAACUUUGGUUCCACUUUUAAGAGAUGGAAGCAGGAGAGAGGAAACACAAAAACUUCCAGAAGAAAUCAAACUAAAACCCAUUUUGGAACCUUAUUAUGAGCCAGAGGAUUGUGAGACAUUGAAGGAAUCACUUCCAAAGUCAGUCUGAUCUUCUUUUGUUUUUAAGAAGAAGGCUAAUUCCCAUUGUUUCUGUUGGUUCUUACAAGGAGGACAAUUAAAAUACUUCCUUUAUAAGAAUAGGGAUUUAUGGAAAAAGGCCAAAGAAGUUAAGAAAUGACUGUGUGCAAGGAUUCAUUAAGUAUCUUGAAUAAACUACUCAUUGUUUAAACUCAUGUCUUCAUGGUUAUUUUUAAUAUAAAUCUGAAAGAAAGUAUGUACUUACUGCUUGGUUUAUAUUUACUUGGCUAGAUAUUUGCGUGUAGGCUGACUUACAAAGUGUUAGACAAUUUUUAUAGUGUGGUGUGGGUUUGCUUUCUUUUGCUUUGCUUUACAUUAAAUACACUGAGAAUUUCCUACAAUUCAGAACUGCCAGUAUGGUAGUGAGCUGUUUUUUGCUGCAGAUUUUUUCCCAGUUUUCACUUCUUUCACUCUUUGUAAGUGCUCUCAUGCAUUUUUGAGGUCUGAGUUCACAUUCUCAUUGUUAGCUUACAGAUCCUUCACUAUGUUUUGCAGAUUGGUGUAAGUGGCCAGUAAUGGUGAAUAUUCCAUUGAUAAUAUGAAAAUAACAAAAAGGCCUGUAGAGAAAAGGUUAUCACUUACCACCUAUGUCUGCUUUUAGAUUCUUUUAACAAGUGUUUGUCUGAGCAGCUACUGGCCCUGUUUUCCUGACUUUUCAGCCUUGAAAACCACCUAACUGUGUUAUAAUGGAAACGGAUAAGAGCAGUAAAAAUUACCAAGAGACCAAAGGUAGGUUGCUGUGAAGAAUGUUUCUUGGAAAGGAGAUAAAUGGGGACACAGUGAAAGAAUGGUAAGUGAUGAAUCAUCUAAAGAUGUUGUUAGCCUUUCUCAUAACACAAGAACAAAUACACUCUGAAAUUUUAAAGAUUGAGUAGUCAGAAUGAACGAACUGUUUCUCUUACAGAGUCUGAGUAAACUCCAGAACAUACAGUUACUGUUACUGAGGCUGAAUGCUUAACAAGAUCCCAGAAUUGACAUUUAUUUAGAUAACAGAUGAACUUUGCAUAAACUAAGAGAGAAUGGCUAUAUAGACUGUAUGUUUCAAAGGUCAGAGGUGAAUAACAGUAAUUAUUUUGAAAUCAAAGUUUUUGUUCUUGACUUUAACAGCAAUGAAAGGAAAGUAGCUGGUCAGAAAGGAAGGAUGAGAAAAUCUGUGAUAAAGAACUAACCCAAUGAUCCAGUGCUGGAUCUGUGCAGCUGUGAUGGGCAAGAAAAGGUAAAUUACCUUCUUUCCUUUCUAUGUAUCACUAAAGCCCAUAUACCUAACAGCCUCUAAUAUGCAAAUACAGUAUGCAUAUACAAGUAUCCUUAAGCCAACAAGUUUCAAUUUGAGCUUGUGUUUUGU